GGGGGGGUAUAUUUCAGUCAUCGCUUCAACUACUAACAGGUGUCUGAUAUAGCAGUUCUACCACCUCCUGGUCAUCUCCUGGAUGACCGGAGGGACUUCUCGCUGUGGCGCUUAUACUGCCAGCAGGCGCGCCACGAACAGAGGGAGGGCCAGGUAAUCCUGGGCCCUGUAGGUUGGUAGCUGAGGGAGAUGAGUCGUCAGUAAUGCGAGGCAACGAGGACUCACUGUUCACCCUCAGUUGCACCGUGGCAGUUGGUCAGUUUCUUGCAUGCAAGUGGUACGGGGCUGGGCAGGGAUUGGUUGAAUUCAUAGUUUUGCGGUGUUGGGUGUUCUUGGUUAAUCAGGCCGAGGUCCGUUUGCGAUGAUAGAGGUUGGAUGGGGUAGACAAUGUUUUGUGAAAAAAGAUGUAAUGGUCACACGGAACGUCACACGUAGUAGUAGGGAAAUGAGAGAGCUCUGGGUCCAAAUCACAGUUUAAGGUCUACUGGUGUAUUCAGAAUUGACUGGGGAAUUCUACGACAAGAGGGUCCUUUAUAUAUGAAACGAAAGUAGGCUAAGUCAUAAAAGGCGAACGAGUGACUAGCGAGAAAUAUUAUGGCUC